AAUCGGGUCAGUCGAGGGAUGCAAACUGUGGGAAUCCGGAACUUCUGGUUUCCACAUUGAAAGGCGGUUGGACUGUUCCAAUAGAAAAGAAACAAUUUACCGGUGCUGCCACAUGCGACUACGUGCUCAUUGCUGCAGAAGGAAAACAGGUUAAACUCGAGUUUACAGAUUUCAAAGUUGGACCGGAGCUAGAAACGUGCACUGACGAUUAUGUACAAGUUGGUAACAGUGCAGAUUUCGCCCAGGACAACUACAAGAAAUGCGGACCGUCCGUGAGUGAGCAGCCACCUGUCUCGAAAUCGAACAAAUUGUAUGUGAAACUUGUCGCGGGGAAAACGAACGCUGCAAACAUCAGAUUCGUCGCUACCGUGUCGGAGGGUGAGUCGGAAGUUGGCCGCAGUCAUUAUUGUUUUUGUUUGUUGAUGAAUGCUUUUCUCAGCCAUUCCUAUCUCCAUUUUUUCAAAAUGAUUUCGCUUAUACUUGUUCCCAUUUGA